CUACUUGCUGCUCUCCGCACCUGUAGCUCAUAGAAGCUGAAGGGCGAUAAAAGGCCAGUGGGUGGAGUGCCCUGAGCCUGCUCACCUCUCUGGGCCCAGGAAGAGCAACCAGAGGGCCCUGCCUUGAGGGCUCCCCUCUCAGCAGGUCAUGGCACAAUGGUGGCCGAUCCUCCUGGGCUUGUGGACAGUCCUGCCCACCUUGGCCGGGGGCAAGCUGCUCAAUGUCUGCAUGAAUUCCAAGCACCACAAGCAAGAGCCUGGCCCAGAAGACGAGCUCUACUUUGAGUGCAUGCCCUGGAAGGACAAUGCCUGCUGCACACGCGCCACAAGCUGGGAAGCCCACCUUGAUGAGCCCUUGCUCUUUAACUUCAGCAUGACGCACUGUGGACUGCUGACCCCGCUCUGCCAUAAGCACUUCAUCCAGGCCAUCUGCUUCUAUGAGUGUUCCCCCAACCUGGGGCCUUGGAUCCAGCCGGUGGUGCCAAGCAGGCAGGAAGAGCAGCGGCUUUGGGACGUGCCACUGUGCCUGGAGGAUUGUGAGGAAUGGUGGAAAGACUGCCGCACAUCUCACACUUGUAAAGCCGACUGGCUCCACGGCUGGGUCUGGGAUCAGGGGAAGAACGGGUGCCCAGCACACGCACCCUGUCUCCGGUUCUCGGAUUACUUCCCCACGCCCGCGGACCUGUGUGAGAAGAUCUGGAACAACACCUUCAAGGCCAGUCCUGAGCGCAGGAAUAGUGGGCGGUGUCUGCAGAAGUGGUUUGAGCCCACCCACGGCAACCCUAACGUGGAAGUGGCCCUCCACUUUGCGGGCUCUGCCUCAGCCCCGCAGCUCUCUUACACCAUCACAGCCUUCUCUCUGUGCCUGUUGCUCCAUGCCUGAGCCCCAUUCCCUCGCCUACCCACACUUCCUGAUCUCUGGGCCAUGGCCAUCUCUUCCCUCGGGCUAUUCAUGUUGGGGGCAGGCUGGUGUCUGACUUUGCCAAGCUGCCCAGGGUCCCCUCCACUGCUUGGCUCCAUCUCCACUGGUCUGGAUGCCAGCUGGU